ACCGCCGCACAACAAAUAGAACCACGCCCACAAUUCUGUGAACAACGCAGAGAAAAGAAAACCGCUCCAAUCCGGAAGCUGAAAAUAGCAGAAGAAUCCAGAGGCGACUCCAGGUUUGUCGGCGAUGCUGCGAGCGGGAGGCAGGCGGCUCCUCGCCCCGGGGCUCCGUCGGCUCGGCCUGGGCACAGGCGCCUCCGGCGAGGCGGGUCCUGCCGCGGCGGCGGCGGGGGUGAGGGCGUACCACGAGCGGGUGGUGGACCACUACAACAACCCGCGGAACGUAGGUUCCUUCGACAAGGACGACCCCAACGUCGGCACUGGGUUGGUCGGCGCGCCAGCCUGCGGCGACGUCAUGAAGCUGCAGAUCCGCGUCGACGAGAACUCCGGCAAGAUCGUCGACGCCUGCUUCAAGACUUUUGGCUGCGGCUCCGCCAUAGCGUCCUCGUCCGUCGCUACUGAAUGGGUGAAGGGAAAACCAAUGGAUGAAGUUUUGACAAUCAAGAACACGGAGAUCGCGAAGCACUUGUCCCUUCCACCAGUAAAGCUCCAUUGCAGCAUGCUUGCCGAGGAUGCGAUUAAAGCUGCUGUAAAAGACUACGAAGCCAAGAAGUCGAAGAUGGGGCAGAAGGGUGAAGACAGCCCUUCAGAGAAGGCUGCUGAAGCAUGAAAGGUUCUGCCGUGAAGUAUAUUGUGCUGAUACGUUUCUCAGUCCAUGACUAUCCGCCGCAUAUUGCCAAAGAUAAAUGAUUCUGUUUGUGAGGCGAGGGAUUGUGUGUAAUGUUCACGAAGUGUGGUAGUGCGGCAUGUGGCUCAACUGUUUUAAGGAUGGUGACGACUGAUUUCAAAUAAAUUUGCUGUCAUCGUAGAAUUAGAAGAAAGUACUAUGUGGAUUUACAGGAGCUGUUUCUGGAAUUUGUGAUAUCAUGGUACUUUCUUUUU